GAUAGAACUGCCAUCAAGGCUGCUAUGGCUCAUUGGCAGGAUCAAACAUGUGUCAGAUUUGAAAUACAUGAUCCCUCAGUAUCAUCUCUUUGGCAACACAGGCUCAAAUUCAUAAAGAGCGACGGAUGCUAUUCAUAUCUUGGCCUGCAGUCAAAAAUUGGCUUCCAAGAUGUUUCUAUCGGAAAAGGGUGUACUCGGCUCGGGACCGUUUCCCAUGAGAUCGGCCAUGCAUUAGGUUUCUGGCAUGAGCAGUCGCGACCCGACCGAGAUGAAUUCGUCACUGUCAACUUUGCCAACAUUAUACAAGACAAGAUGAACGCAUUUCGCAAGCAUACAACCGAUGACGUCAUGACCAACGUGCCUUACGAUUACAAUUCAGUCAUGCACUACGGCGCAUACGGUUUCGGCAUAGACGCGAAGGUACCAACGCUUAUCCCUAAGGAUCCCUUAAGCAUGGGAGAGAUCGGCCAACGUCUCGGUCUCAGCUAUCUAGAUGUCAAACUGGCUAACUUCAUGUACGAGUGCGACUCCCAUUGCCCUGGUGCAAGCUCCUGUCACUCCGGCUUCAGAGACAUGAACUGUAAAUGUCGAUGUCCAGAGAGUCACAAAGGGGACUAUUGUGAAGUUGUUGCCUUGAAUUUUCCAGCUGAUCGCGUCACUUUGACAUCUCGAAAUGGUGAAGUAAGUUCUCCUAACUUUGAUGGAAGCACUAACUACACCCUUGAUACAUCGUUCAUGACUUAUAUCAAGGGAAACCCAGAUGAGCAAAUCCGCUUGAAAUUCGAUGCCUUAGACAUGGAACCUUUUGACACCUCGUCUAAAAAGUGCUUGGAUUACAUUAACAUCAGAGCAGGCGGUAAUUUGUAUUAUGAAGGAACAGAUUUUUGCGGGAAUACACUGCCUCCAGAAAUAAUAGCUGACGAGAUCAUAUUAAGCUUCCACUCUGACGAAACGAAUACCAACAAAGGAUUCCAUGGAACAUACACCAGAGAGAAAAUAUCAGCCUUGGGCCUUGAGAGUUAUGUCAUCCCAGAUUCAAGUCUGACAGCUUCCAGUGAAUUUAAUGCUGACCAUGGUGCAAAGAGAGGUCGUCUUAACCUGGCCAGAGUCGGGGAUCUGCGUGGAGGCUGGAAUCCAAUGGACAACGAUGCAAACCCGUGGAUCCAGGUGGAUCUUCUGGACCUUUACCGUAUCAUUUCAGUUGCGACUCAAGGGCGACAAGAUCUUGACCAGUGGGUUAAUAGCUACAAGCUUGCUUGGAGUACUGAUGGCACGACCUUUCGCACAGUGCAGGACAUUCCCGGGCCAGGAGCUGACAAGAUCUUCAUCGGUAAUGUUGACCGCAACACCAUCAUGACCAACACUCUGCCUGUGUCCCAGGUUUGCCGCUAUUUCCGCUUGAUGCCUGUCAGCUGGUAUAAACACAUUAGUGUUCGUAUGGAGAUAUAUGGAUAUGGUGAAGGCCCUGUCACAGCCUUGGGCCUUGAGAGUUAUGUCAUCCCAGAUUCAAGUCUGACAGCUUCCAGUGAAUUUAAUGCUGACCAUGGUGCAAAGAGAGGUCGUCUUAACCUGGCCAGAGUCGGAAAUCUGCGUGGAGGCUGGAAUCCAAUGGACAACGAUGCAAACCCGUGGAUCCAGGUGGAUCUUCUGGACCUUUACCGUAUCAUUUCAGUUGCGACUCAAGGGCGACAAGAUUUUGACCAGUGGGUUAAUAGCUACAAGCUUGCUUGGAGUACUGAUGGCACGACGUUUCGCACAGUGCAGGACAUUCCCGGGCCAGGAGCUGACAAGAUCUUCAUCGGUAAUGUUGACCGCAACACCAUCAUGACCAACACUCUGCCUGUGUCCCAGGUUUGCCGCUAUUUCCGCUUGAUGCCUGUCAGCUGGUAUAAACACAUUAGUGUUCGUAUGGAGAUAUAUGGUGAAGGCCUUGUCACAGUGUGAAUGGUCAACAUAGCAGGCCUGAUCAGAAGAUUUGAUUGAUGGAAAUAUACCUGACGAUGGAUAUCAUUAGCAAUUUCAUUCAUUAAUAUAAUGGAUACAGCAAGAUGUUGACAUUUUACUGUACUUUAAUUUAUUUUUUCAAGGGUUUAAUGGGGAUAUUUACUGUCUUCCGGCUUGUAAUUGCUAUGUCAUUUCUUUAAAGUUAGUAGUACAUUAAUGAGAUCCGUGUCCUUAUAUUGAUGACUAGAUCUUAUAGGGGAAUGAUCGGGUCCUAGUGAACAUAAAGAAAAAAGCUUACGUAUAAGCAUAUUCACAGAUCAUAUAUUUCUUGUGAAUUCAAUAUGUGACAAUGAUAUAAAUAUCGGUCUAAUUUAAAAUACAUGUAUGUAAGAGAUAUGAUGUACACCCAAUAAUAGGCAGUUUAAAGUGAAUGAAUUAUUUUUUUGAUUUUGAUGUUGGUGUUUACAGCUUUUAAAAUAAUGAUAUGCCAAGUUGACAGACAUGGCCAAAUAUUAUUGAUGUUACUAACAUUUUGUCACAUUUUUAGCAGCAUCAAACCUACCUCACAAUUGGGGGCAUGAGCUAAUCUCUGUAAUGUUUUUAUCAUUUUUUAUCUUAUGUAAUAUUCUAUUGUGGAGGGUAAAUGGCGUAUAUACUCCAUAUGGAUUCCUGAUAUUGUAUUAUCCUUCUAAUAAAUUUACGUUUCAAUGUAAGAGAGCAGACUUUAUCCGUUUUCAUUUGUUUCAGUACUUUAAUUCCUUACUCUUUAAUCAAACAUACACAUAAUAUAUUAAACAUGUCAACUUCAGUAAGAUGAGAUAUACACUUCCACAUUAUCCCUGUGAGAUCUUAGGAAUACAUAGCUUAUUUAUGGUUAAAAAAAUGGUAAAAAAUAUAGCAUAAGGACAAAUAAAGGGGGUAACAAAUCAAGGAUAAACAAAAUUGAAAAUUAAAAAUAAAGAAAAGAGAGGCACGUGCGAAUGUAACGCCAAUAUAGAAAUUAAGUACAUUAUGACAUUAGGAAACUCACAAAUUCAAUGAUAUAAUACGUUGUCUCUCCAUAAAAUUACGAUAUAACUUAUUUUAAGUUCUAUGUUUUAUACCGGGGUUUUCAUUUACCUAAUUAAUUGCUAUCAAAAUAUUACAUGUACAUCAAUAACGUUGAAAUAUGAUGAAAUUAUUCUCCAGAUUUAUGUCGCGUGUUUGAUUAUUCACAUAUAUAUAACUGAAAUUGAAAUUAUUUAAGGUUUUUAUGGGGAUAUGUAUUUUUUCCAGUAUGCAACUGUUAUGCCAUUUCUCUAAAGUUAGUCAUUAAAGUACAUUAAAUAGAUCUGUGUCCGUAUAUAAAUGUCUAGAUUGUAUAGGGGAAUGAUCGGGUCCUUGUGAACAUAGAAAAAAAAACGUACAUAAUUAUAAGCAUUUUCACAGAUCAUAUAUAUCUUGUGAAUUCAAUAUGUGACCAUAAUAUAAAUGUAGGUCUUAUUUAUAAUACAUGUAUGUAAGAAAUAUGAUGUACACCCAAUAAUAGGCAGUUUAAAGUGAAUGAAUUAUUUUUUUUGAUUUUGAUGUUGGUGUUUACAGCUUUUUAAAUAAUGAUAUGACAAAUUGACAGACAUGGCCAAAUAUUAUUGAUGUUACUAACAUUUUGUCACAUUUUUAGUAGCAUCAAACCUACCUCACAAUAAGAGGCAUGAGCUAAACUAGUCUCUGUAAUGUUUUUAUCAUUUUUUCUCUUAUGUAAUAUUCUAUUGUGGAGGGUAAAUGGCGUAUAUACUCCAUAUGGAUUUCUGAUACUGUAUUAUCCUUCUAAUAAAUUUACGUUUCAAUGGAA